AAAACAGUUGAGAGAUAUUCUACAGAAAAAAAAACUAUUCUAACGCAAAAGAACAUGUUGAUCUUACUCAAGCAGUGCUUCUUUUUCUCUUUUGAUUCAAUGAACGCAUACAAACAUCCUUGAGCCUAUAUCAUUCAAGGCAAGUUUUUUUUUAAAUAUUACAAUGAAUGCUUUAAUGAAAGACGUGUUUACUAAAACAUAAACACUGUCGCGAUUUUGUUUUUUUUUGUUCUUUUUGGCAUUUCGCUUGGCUCAUUUCAACGAGAAAUUUUAAAAGAGCGAAAAAAAAACAUUUUUCGUUUUCUUUAGCAUAAAGAUCUUGACAAUGAAUACCGAUGACUCGAUGGAUCCCAACUUGACAAAAGCGCAACUAGAAGCACUAGAACAAAUAAGGUCUAUUUCUGAGCAGCUGAAACCUUGAUCCUAAUAUUCAUGUACUUUAGACAAAAGACACAAGCACUACUUGACUGUAAAGCAACUUUUAUGUCAAAGUCCGAGAUCUUGAGUCAAAAAAAGAGUCUUUUAGAAGAAGUCAAUUCAGAAAAGCAACGCUUACAAAGAGAGAAAAAGCUAUUGAGAGAAAUGUUGCACAACAUCAACCAAGACUUGAAUUCGAUACUUGAAGCUGAACAAGCGUUGACAAAAGAAAGUGAAGAUCUCGAGUCAUCGUUGACUAAAUUGAGAAAUGAAAAAUAUGAGCCUUUGCAUGAUCAAGUCAAUGAAAUGCGCACACGAAACGGUAUGUCAAAACUACCUCAUAUUCAACAAGAAUUAGAAGCAAAGAUGGCAAGAAUAUUAGAAGAAAGAAGAGUUCAAUGGCAAGAAGAAGUAGAAGCUUCACCGAGAAAAAAAGCAAAGUCAAGACGAUCUUAAAUUCCCGCAUAAUAAUAAAAAAGAAAAAAGAAAAAAAGAAACGUUCUAUUUCUUUAUCUUCUCUUCUCUUUUCUCCCUUU